GACAAAACCUUGCCUACCGCUGACAGAUUCUUUCGUAUUACUGCCAUUGUCGAGCAAUGCCACCACAAACUACUGACACCGUCCCCGAAGAUGCACCAGAACAUUGCCCCGGAACUGAGAGCGAUCAAGCUGGCAAAGCCGAUGCCUGUGCUGGAUGUCCAAACCAGAAUAUAUGCGCAACAACACCAAAAGGACCAGAUCCAGAUAUUCCUCAUAUCACAAAGCGAAUGGCCACCGUCAAACAUAAAAUCUUAGUCCUCUCCGGCAAAGGAGGUGUAGGCAAGUCUAGCUUUACAUCUCAGCUGGCUUUUGCACUGGCCCAUGACGAAGAUACCCAAGUUGGUGUGAUGGAUGUUGACAUCUGUGGACCAUCUAUUCCAACCAUCAUGGGGCUUGAAGGCGAGCAGAUUCAUCAAACUGGCUCUGGAUGGCAGCCUGUGUUUGUUCAAGAUAAUCUGGCCGUCAUGAGUAUCGGUUUUAUGCUUCCUGACAAAGACGACGCUGUUAUCUGGCGUGGACCCAAAAAGAACGGGCUGAUUAAGCAAUUUUUGCGAGAUGUCGAUUGGCAGGAGCUGGACUUCUUGCUGGUAGAUACACCUCCGGGCACAUCUGAUGAGCACUUAUCCGUGACACAAUAUCUCAAAGAGAGCGGAAUCGAUGGUGCCAUUGUCAUAACGACUCCGCAAGAAGUUGCAUUACAAGACGUACGAAAGGAAAUUGAUUUCUGUCGCAAGGUUAAGAUUCCUAUCAUUGGCGUGGUUGAAAACAUGUCCGGCUUUGUGUGUCCCAACUGCAAAGGCGAAUCAACGAUCUUCCCGCCAACCACUGGUGGAGCUGAGAAGAUGUCAGAGGAGAUGAAUGUCAGAUUCUUAGGUCGAAUUCCAUUGGAUCCCCGAAUAGCCAAGAGCUGUGAUAUGGGAGUAUCGUUCUUAGAUGAAUAUCCCGAGUCACCGGCUUGCGCAGCUUAUGACCAUGUCAUUGACCGUAAGUACUACAAUUGAUUCUACCCGAAUACUUUAUGGAACAUUAAUUGAUGGUUAUAUUACAGAAAUCCGAGCUCAGUUUGAGUGAGUUUUGCUAUUGUACAG